AUGUCUUCAGGAUUUGUCUCCGCAGGAACCGCCGACCAGCCGAUCGAGCGGGACGACGAAUGGCUCAGAGUGCAAAAAGAGCUGGAGGAGGAGCGGCGGCAGAAGGCCGAGGCUGGCAAACAAAAUGACGGGAAGAGUCUCUUCGAGGUUCUCCAGCAGAACAAAAUGGCCAAGCAAGAAGAGUUCGAAGAGAAAUCACGGUUAAAGAACCAAUUCAGAUCGCUGGACGAAGAUGAAGUGGAAUUUUUGGAUUCGGUACUCGAGUCGACGCGCGCGCAGGAGGCUGCUGUCAAGAAGGACACGGCCGACCAGCUGGAGGCCUUUCGCAAGCAACGGGAAGAAGCUGAAAAGACUGCUUUAGGACCCACGUCGUCGGAAGUUACCCCUGCGGAGGAGGAGGAGUGGACAAUUCCGGCGCGCAAGAGGCGACGCGAGAAGAAGGAUCUGUUGCUCCCGGGCAAGAAGCGGAAGGCCUCUAUGGAGGGCAUCAAUACUACAAAGGAGCCGGAGACAAAGAAGCCCGUCCAAAGUACUGGGCUGGCUACGAAAGCUCAACAAGGGGCUUCAUCACCAGAUGUACAGAUCCCCAAAGCACCUAGUGUUGCCAAGGCCGUGUCUGCUGGUCCGGACAAGUCAACUACAUUAAAGGCUCAGCCAGCUCAGCCAGCUAAGCCAGCGCCAUCCCUUGGGUUGGUCGGAUAUGGAUCUGAUUCGGAUUCUGAAUAA